AUGGCUCAGUUCCAGAUUGGUAUUGGCACCAAUGGUAAGCUAUAUGUUUGGCCUCUCAAUCCUCCGGAAGUCCCCGAAAAUAACACCGAAAGAAGCGAGACAAACAGGACUGAAAACAUACUCAGAGAUGACUGGGGAGAGAAUGGAAAGCAGACUCCUCUGAUAAAAGUGAUGGAAGAAGAGGAGGAAUGGUUGGUGAGAGAAGAGAAUGCAGCACCAGGAGGCGGCAUCUUUCCCCCCAGUGGUGACCAGCAACCCGGAAUCAAACCAAUGGCACCUGUCCCAAGGUCGCGAAGAAACGAGGGGUUUGGAGGUCAACUCGACAAGCUACUCUAUGCCGGAACAGUAGAG